UCUCCGAGAUUCUCCGUGACUGAGGUUCGGCAGCCAUAAGGGACCGUCAACAAAGAGACGAGAGGCGUCAGCAUUUUCCUUUAGGGGGCGGAUUCGGGUAGGAGCAGAGCUUUCGGUAUGAAACGCCCGUUUCUUCCAGAGGCGGGGAAGUGAGACCCUGUACUGGGCCUGCGGGGCGCCGCCGUACCUUUGUGGAACAUGGCCCGCCGUGGGGAGGAUAGCGUGGCCCCCGUGGUACUUCUGGAGUCCCCUGGAGUUUCCAGUAAGGGCUUGCAAAGGAAGGGGCCCAGUGAGCGGCGCCGGCUGAAGGCGAUGGUGUCGGAGCAGCUCAGCCAGGAUCUGCUCAGGCUUCUAAGAGAAGAAGUCCAUACAGAUGUUACUUUCUCAAUAGGCUGUACUUUGUUCAAAGCACACAAAGCAGUCCUUUUAGCAAGGGUUCCUGAUUUCUAUUUUCAUACUGUUGGACAUACAAAUAACUUAACAAAUCAUGAACCUGUUGCUGUGGAGAAUUUUGAAGCUUCAGAAUUUAGAAUAUUUUUACAGACUGUAUACUCAUCAAACAGAAACAUAAACUAUGAAGAGGAAAUUCUCAGGAAAAAGAUAGUGGAGAGUGGAGUACCACAAAAGAAAUGUGACUUCAGUGUUGGAAAGUGUACUGACAAUGAUGGAAGGUCAUCUGUAGGUAAAAGGUCAUCUGAUCAUUCUUUUAUGAAGCAUGAAAUUCCAGAAGAUAACAAUAAAGAGGACAUUCCAGAAGAUAACAACAAGGAGGACAAUUUAAUUUCCACUGAUAUUUAUGACUUGGAACCUGCAUCUGAAUUAGGAGAAGAUUUAUUGAAGCUUUAUGUGAAACAGUGUUGCCCAGAUAUUGAUAUUUAUGUUGAUGGAAAAAGUUUUAAAGCUCACAGAGCCAUUUUAAGUGCAAGAUCUAGUUAUUUUGCUGCGAUGCUGAGUGGCUGUUGGGCUGAAAGCUCCCAAGAGUACAUUACUCUUCAAGGGAUAAGCCAUGUAGAAAUGAAUGUUUUGAUACAUUUUAUAUAUGGAGGAACUUUGGACUUUCCAGACAAAGCUAAUGUUGGGCACAUACUCAAUAUGGCUGAUAUGUAUGGACUAGAAGGAUUAAAAGAAGUAGCAAUCUAUAUUUUAAGAAGAGAUUACUGUAAUUUCUUUCAAAAGCCUGUUCCCAGAAGGUUGGCAUCUAUAUUAGAAUGCCUGAUUAUUGCUCAUUCAGUUGGAGUGGAAAGUCUUUUUGCUGACUGCAUGAAGUGGAUUGUAAAGCAUUUUGCAAGGUUUUGGUCUGAGAGAAGCUUUGCAAAUGUACCUCCUGAGAUUCAGAAAAGUUGUCUUAAUAUGUUGAUUCAGUCUUUAAAUGAUAAGAAUGCUGCUUUUCUUCUGAUGGAAAGUGACAGGCUAAUCAUCAGUUUACCCAGAGUGAAGUGGACAGAAGCAGCACUGACCAUGGCAUCUCAGCUUCAAGAAGAAUGUAUUGCAUUUAUUAUAGAAAACUUCUCCAAGAUCAUUCAAAGUGAAAAUUUUGCUCUCCUCUUACAGUCACAAGCAAUGAGUAGCACAUCUGAUCUGCUGGACAAAAUUUUAAAAGCAAUUGAAGAAAACAUUACCACGGAGAAUAGUUGCUCUCUUCUUACAGCUCUGGACACGUUACUGAACUCUGACAGUACAAAGGAAAUGGGUUUUACGUGCAAGAUCCAGGCUCUGCGUGAUAAGCUGUGGAUCUUCCUGGUUCAGUCUUUCUAUGCUGUUCGUCACACAGAAAGCUGGAAGCUGAUGAGCACAGAUGAUCAACAGAAAAUCCAAGCAGCUGCAUUUGACAAAGGUGAUGACCGAAGACUUGGCAAAAAGCCUAUAUUCAGCAGCUCUCAGCAAAGGAGACAAGUUUCUGACCCUGGUGCUAUAAAAAACAAAUCUUGGAGAGAAAGUAACAAGAAAGAGUAUUGGAGUUGUCCCUCUACGAAUCAAAAGAUGAAAUCUGAUGGAUUAGGAGCGUCUGGACAUUCAUCAAGUACUAAUAGAAAUUCUAUAAAUAAAACUUUGAAGCAUGAUGAUUUAAAGGAAAAGGAUGGUACAAAAACCGCAUCCAAGAGUACAAAAGAAUUAAAAACUGUGGGAAAAAAUGUUUCUGGAAAGCCCAAACCUAUAAUAAAGCCCAAAACAGAAAACGGUGAUAAUGCAAAGUCAGCAAACAUGUCACCUAGACAAGUUGUGGAAAGAUCAGCAGCAGCAGCAGCAAAUGGACAGAAAAAUUCAGUAAAUGGAAAAGGAGUGAGAAAUCAGGAAGGUCAAAUUACAGGUGCCAGACCCAAGGUACUCACUGGGAACUUAAACGUGCAUGCCAAAGCAAAGCCUUUGAAGAAAGUGACAGGCAAAGAUUCUCCAUGCCUCAGGAUUUCAGGGCCCUCCAGCAGAUCUACAAAUUCAAGUAUGGAAUUACUGACUUCCACUGACUGUCUGGAUGAACCAAAAGAAAAUGGGUCAAUAAAAGAGAAGCCUUCUGGUCAUAAAUUUUCCCUUUGUGACUCUCCAGGACAGACUGUGAAAAACAGUGUAGAAAGUAUCAAAACUUCCACUGUAGCAGUAAAAUCUCGACCUGUUUCAAAAGUUACCAAUGGAACUUCCAAUAAAAAAAGCAUUCAUGAACAAGAAACUAAUAUAAAUAACAGUGUGCUAAAGAAGGUCACCAGCAAAGGAUACAGUGAUCCAGUACCACAGGCAAUUUUAAAGAAAAGAGGAAAUGGCAAUGGAUGUGGUACAGCUCAGCAGAGGACAAAGAAUGCCACAGUUAAUCUUGCUAAAACUCAAGGAUCCCAAGGAGAGUCACCACAUUCAGUAAAAUCUUCAGGGUCUUCAAGGCAGUCUGAUGAAAAUGUGACAAAACUGGACCACAGUGUAACUACAGAUAAACAAACACCUAAGAGAAAAAUUGUCAAGCAAGGACAAACAACAUUGCCUAAGAUUAGUGCAAAAAUAGUAGCAAUGCCUAAAAACCUAAAUCAAUCUAAGAAAGGUGAAACUUUGAAUAAUAAGGAUUCAAAACAGAAAACACUUCCUGGACAGGUUAUAUUGAAGACUCAGCCUUCUUCUCUGAGACCUUUAAAAAGUGAACCAUCUGUUGUCCAAAAAAGUGUGCUUCGUGAUGUAUGUGAUAAUAAUAACAAAGGCAAUGUUUCUGAACAGAAGCCUCAUGAACCUCUAAUUAAUCUCACAGCCGAAAUCAGUGAUACAGAAGCAUGUCAGUCACCAUGCAUACUUGACCCACAAAAGCCAUUAAACAAUCAAGAAAAAGAGAAGUUGGUGUUAGAAUGCCAAAAUAUUUCAAAUCUAGAUAAAUUAAUAAAACAUGAACUGGAAUCAAAACAGAUUUGUUCAGAUAAAAGUGAAACAAAUUUUUCUGGUCACAAAAAAACAGAUCAAUGCAACACAGUUAAAAUACAUUGUCAUUCUGAUGAGAGUGAUAAUGUAGAUCCAGAAUUUUAUAGCACCACUGCUCUAAAAUCCAUGAUUUCAAAUCCAAAUGAAAACUCUUUGAACUCUAAUCCAGUUUGUGACCUAGAUUCAACAAAUGUAGAGCAAGUCCAUUCAGUGUCAGAUAGGGAGAAGCAAGCAGGGAGAAAAGAUACAAACAAAAAAUUAAACAUUAAAUGUGUGAAAGAUGUUUUACCUUGUGUUCCUGAACAGACAAAUGGUACCUUAAAUUCUGGUCAAGAUGACAGAAAAUCUAGAAUUCAUGUGGAAGAACAGACAGUUCCCCAUCAGUUUUCUGAUGACUCUGCCAUGAAUGGAGACAAACAUGCUACAGUAGACUCAAAUACUUCCUCCAAGUGUUUUUUGGAACAAAUACCAGGGAAAAAUUCUCCUAAAGACAUGGAAACAACAGAAACUCCAGAGAGCCAUGAAACUCCAGAAGCUCCAUUCAUGAGUCACUGGAAUUUGAGUACCAGUGUUCUGCAUCAGAGAGAGAGUCCUGAAUCUGACAGUGGCAGUGCUACAACAUCCUCUGAUGACAUAAAGCCUAGAUCUGAAGACUAUGAUGCUGGAGGGUCUCAGGAUGAUGAUGGGUCAAAUGACAGGGGUAUUUCUAAAUGUGGCACUAUGCUGUGCCAUGAUUUUCUUGGAAGAAGUAGCAGUGACACCAGUACUCCUGAAGAAUUAAAAAUAUAUGAUAGUAACUUAAGAAUUGAAGUGAAAAUGAAAAAGCAAAGUAGUAAUGAUCUUUUCCAAGUUAAUUCGACAAGUGAUGAUGAGAUUCCUAGGAAAAGGCCAGAAAUUUGGUCUCGAUCUACAAGAGUCCACCCUAGGGAAAAAGAAAAUAUUCCACGAGGCAGUAUCCAGUUUGCUCAGGAAGUAGAUCAGGUUUCUUCCUCAGCAGAUGAAACAGAAGAUGAAAGGUCUGAAGCUGAAAAUGUUGCAGAAAAUUUCUCUACAUCUAACCCAGCUCUUCAGCAGUUUCAGGGAAUAAUUAAUUUAGCUUUUGAAGAUGCAACUGAAAAUGAAAGUCACGAGUUUCGUGCAACUAAAAAUUUUAAAAGGUCAGUUUUACUUUCGGUAGAUGAAUGUGAAGAACUAGGAUCUGAUGAAGGGGAAGUCCAUGCUCCCUUUCAGCCUUCUGUAGAUUCGCCUUCACCUUCUGAUGUUUUUGAUGGUGUUUCUCAUGAACAUCAUGGAAGGGUCUGCUACUCCAGAUACUCACAAGGAAGUAAAGAUAGUAUUUUAGAAUGUAGACAAGAGAAAGCCAAUAGUGUAUAUAAAAACAAAAGCUCUCCCUUGGGUCUUAGUAGCAUUGACUCUUCAAGAAAAGAUAAACAGAGUGCUUCAGCCACAGAAAAAAAGAGCACAACAGAUGUCCUGUCCAGAGGAGGCAGACAGCUUCCUCCAGAAGAUAAAAAAGUAAACAGUGGAAGCAAUGUGGUUAAUGACUUUCAGCCACGCAGCAAACUUUCAGAUAGUGAUAUAAAAUCUCAAGAAAGACCAUGUCAUCUGGAACUUCAUCAAAGAGACCCCAAUUCUGACAUACCAAAGAACAGCUCUACAAAAUCUCUGGACUCUUAUUGGAGUCAAGUUCUGCCUCCAGAAGGUCAAGUGAAAGAGAGCCAUUCUGCAGCUACCAAGAAAGCUAAUAUUGCUUUAUCUGCAGGAGACAUAGAUGAUUGUGACACAGUGGCACAAAACUACAUGUAUGACCAUCGGCCUUCAAAAACCCUCUCUCCAAUAUAUGAAAUGGAUGUAACAGAAGCAUUUGAGCAGAAAAUGGAAUCAGAAACACAUGUUACAGACAUGGAUUUUGAAGAUGAGCAACACUUUGCAAAACAAGAUUGGACGCUAUUAAAGCAACUGCUCUCUGAAGAGGAUUCAAACUUAAAUAUUACAAAUUCUAUUCCUGAAGACUUAAAUUUAGCACAGUAUCUAAUCAAUCAGACACUACUUUUAGCACGAGACAGCUCAAAACCUCAGGGUAAAGCACAUGUUGACACUUUAAACAGAUGGAGUGAACUAACAUCUCCAUUCGAUGAUUCCUCAGCAAGCAUCACCAUGGCUAGUUUUUCCUCUGAGGAUUGUUCACCCCAAGGGGAAUGGACAAUUCUGGAACUAGAAACUCAGCAUUAAGAGUAUUAACACUUUGGAAAAUGUUAAACUAUGCCACCCCUUUAUUUUUUUGAUGCUUAUAUUAUAUCCAAGUGAUAAUUGCAUUAGCCUAUUAGACUAUCCUUAAUAUUGAGGAAGUCUUUCCAAUUUACUGAAGUAAACAUAGUUUGUUUAUUAAUAUAUCACAUGUAGAAAAAAGUGUUUUUCUAAAAAUCUUGAGCAUGUUUUCUAUAAUUAUUAGAGAAAUUAGAAGACUUGUAAGGAAACCCUUGCUUUAGUUUUCCUUUCCUAACUGAUCAUUCAUUUACUUGUUUAUCAUUCAAUAAUUUAAAAUGUGAAUGCACAAGUAGAACAGUCCCUUUACUUUUUGCUCUGCAUAUGGUAACCAUAAUUUAACAAUAAAAAAACUUAUUGUGCUUGUGUCAAUUUAUGUAGAGUUAAUUUGUAACAUUCAAACGCAGGUUGGUAUGGUUGAGGCUGAUAGCUUAAUAUUAGAAAAAACCUUCGCUUUCCCAACAAUUCACGUCCAGGAAAUUGUCAAGUAAAUGCAUCUCAAAUUUCACUGACAUUUUUGCUAAAACAGGAGAAGUGGAAUUUCCUGUAACUCUUUUUGGGAUAUAUCCGCGGAAAGGCAUCUGCCCUUGUUGAAAAAAAGUGGGAAAACUGUCCAUCUGUUUUAUCUAUAUAGACUUCCUUUAUAGUUAAUCACUCUCCAUUUUUCAUUCCAUGGUAGAGAUAUUUUUGAACUGCAUCUGCAGUAAUCCUGCACUAAAUAUUACCUUGAAAAUGGGUACAUGAGGCAAUUGAGUUAUAGAGUUAAAUUGUGUGCAUGUGUGUGCACAUACAUGUAUGUUUGCUUUUCUAUUUGUCUAUAUGCUCUAGUUCCUUAUUUCCUUGAUCAGAUUGUCUUUCAGUCUGUAAUUUUGGUAGAAAGGCAAAGAUAAACAUCUUUUUUACAAAAUUCUACUGGGGAGUGAACACUUGGUUACCUACUUGAUAUUGGUGGAUGUUACCCUUAGGGUGAUGGGAUUUAGUAGAAUUGGCACCUCUCAAAGCUUUGUAACUAACUAAUAAUUUCUCUAAAAUAGACCAGAAGGAAAUAUUUUGGCUUAGAAUUCCUUUUCUAAAUUAACAAAGUUUCGGGCAAUUCCCUGGCGGUCCAGUGGUUAAGACUCAGUGCUUUCACUGCUGUGGCCCAGGUUUAAUCCCUGGUCAGGGAACUAAGAUCCUGUAAACUGUGCAGCGCGGCCAAAAAUAAAAAUAAAAAAAUAAUAAAUUCACAAAGUUUUCAACAAAUGAUCAACAUUAGCGAGAACCUGUAACUAUAUUGAAUAUCAACAAUUAUAUUGAUGCACAAUCAUUUGGUAUUCUUAUAUAAUAACAUAUUAAUGUUAAUAUUAGCUACUAACCUGUUAUACCAUACCUUUUUUAACUAGAAGCUCUGCAAGGGACACUCAUUCAUUCAAACAGUCAAGAAACACAUUUGUUCUAGGCACUGAAGUGUGAAGAUAAAUAAGGUUUGAUUCCUGCCACCCAAAAGAGUUCAGUUUCUAAUGAGGAGGGAAAACCAUAUAAGAAAAAGGUCAAAAACAGUAUUAUAAGAACUUUGUGUCUUAAAGCUGGAUGGGAAUUUAGAGGUUAGUUUAAUCCCUUCAAAUUCCCAAGGAGGACUCUGAAGCCCAGAGGAAUUUUAAAAUUGCCCAGGGUCCCACACUGAUUUGUGAGUUAGAAUCCAGUAUUCCUUAAUUUCAGUUAGAUGUUAUCUCUACCACACAACACACUUCAUUUGACUUUUAUCAUAAAAUCUGAAAACAAAUUCAUUCAUAGAUAGUUUGUAGCAUAAAGAAAUAAUAUAUGAUAGAGUCAGAAACAGCACAGAUUUCCAAGACAGUGUGUUUUCUUUUUCUCCAAAUGUGAAAUUGUUUUGUUAUUUUUAAUAAACUACCUCAGAAGUUCACAAAUUUAUAAUUGAAGCUUCAUUUCUUUCAUGUCACAUUUGCAAAUAGAUAGUAGGGAAGGACUUAAGUCCUUAAGUAUGACCUCUUAGGUAAUUUCAGGACGUGUUUUCUUAUCAUGCCCUUUUGUGAACAACACAUCUACCAGUCUGUUUCCUGCAGGACUCUGGGCUAGUUCUUUAUCAUUCAACAAACAUAUACUGAAAAAUAACUACUAAAAUUUAUUUAACACUUACUAAAUGUUAGACACUGUGCUGAGUGCUUUAAAUAUGCAUUAACAUCUAAUUCUCACAACAGUUCUAUGAGAUAUGUCUUAUCUUUAUUUUAUACAUAAGGAGACUGAUGUAGCAUCCUUACCCUGGAUGAGCUACCCUAGUGGAAGAAACUAAGAGAGAAAUAACACAUUAUGCUAUUGUUUGGUAAGAUAGCAAUUGUAUAUGGUCAGAGUUGUAAUAGCUCAGAGGGAAAAGCUAUGAACAGAUUGUCAGGAAGAAAAGAUUAGAGAAAGCUUCUUAAGGGCAAGUAAUAUUCAGUGAAGCUUCAGAAUUUCUAUAAAGGGGCUUGGUGGCUGCAAUCUAGUUGGAAGUGUAGGCCAGGCAACUUGACUUGAAGAUGAACUUUCAUAGGAAGUACUUUGCUUUUCCUUAGAUUGUAUGUUACAGAUCAAUAAAAAUACAAACAUUUUUAAAACAUGCUUUUAUACAUAGUUUACCUAAGACUCAAAAACUCCAUCCAUACAAAAAAAAAAAUCUUAUUUUUUUUAAAUUUGAGUUCUUGGUGGAGGACUGAUGAAUAUUAUGGAGAGAGUCUAAAGCCCCUUUGUACCAUCUCUUGCAGCAAUCAAGUAAUAGCUGAUGCUGGCUUUCCAGGAUGAGUAGGAAUUUGCUUGGUGAUAGGGCAUUCUAGACAUAGGAGCACCUUAAGGAAUGGUGACCAGGAUGUGUGUUGAGGAUGCAGACAAAGAGUGGUAGAAGAUAAGACUAAAAAGCUGAGUUGGAGUUGGAUUCUGGAAGUUAUUAAAUACUAUGCUUAAAUGUUUAAAUAGUCAAAGCUCUGGAUUUGGUAGGCAUCAUGUCUCUUUCCAUUAUGCAUUCAUUUAUUUAUUUUUAACUCUCCCUGGACAAUCUGUUUGCACAUUCUUGGGGAAAUAACCACCUACUGCUCACAAUGGGUAGUCAUCAAACUUGUUUCUUAAGUUACUAGGUAACAUAACCAGGUGUUUCAGAAAGAUAACUGUCAGCAGUAAUGAAGAUGGCCUGUUUUGGAGAAGCACUCAGAUCUCAAGAUGCAAUUACAAUAGUUCUGUCAACCUUAGAAAUGGGGAACGGAAGAGGAUUUGGUAACAAGAGACAUUAGGUAGAUUGAGAUAUGGUGGCAGAAGAUAGAAAGGAAUUUUUUAAUUGCUAUCAAAAAUAACAUUUAUUCCACACAUAUUUGAGGGCCCAUGAUAUUUCUGGGUAUUAAAGGAUGAAUGGCAUCGUAUCUGUCCUUGAAUAUCUCAGUUUAGUGAGAGAUUGUUAAAACUUUUUAAGUUGUGUCAAAAUAAAGCUCUGUAUGAAGUGUAAUCAGUGUACACAGGAGAGAGAAAUGAUGGAAUGAUACUUGGAUAGGCUCCUUUACUAUUUUAGGACUAGUAAGAGUUCACAAGACAAAGGAAGAGGCAUAUUCGGCAGAAAAAGAGUUUAGAAGCAGUGGGGAAUUCUUGUUCCAUAUGGCUGAAGAGUAGAAGGGAAUGGAUGGGGAGGGCAAGAGAUGAAGUUGGACAGGGACAUAUAGUACAGAGAGGAGCAUGAUCAGAUAUGCAUUUUAGAAUGAUCACUCUGGAAGCAGUAUGUACAAUUGAGUAGAGCAGGGUUCAGAGCAGGUAGACUAGUGAUGAGUGUUAAAAUAAUAAAGGCUUGAACUAGGGCAAUGGCUGUGGAGACAGAAGGAGUGGCCAUAUUAGGUUUAAGAUGUGGAUUGGAGAAACAUUGAUUUUGGGUGAGAGGAGGGAGUCAUCUUAGAAGACUCAGGAUUCUGACUGAAGUGCCUGGGUUGUGGAUGACGUCAUUAGCCAAAAAUUGAAGCAAGCUCAGGAGUGGGGAUGAGUUCAGUUUAGGACAUACUGCGUUUGUGAGGCCUGUGGGACAUUCAAGAGGCUGAAGACAAAAUACUGUGGAAUAGUCAGAGAAAGAAAAGCCGGAGAAGGAGACUGAAAAGGAAUAUUCAGAAGUAAGAGAACUAGGAGGCCAAAGAUAAGAGGAGACAGUGGUGAAUGUAUAAUCACCACUAAUCAGAGAAGGGCAAAUCAAGGCUGAGAUUCUACUUUAACCUAUCAAAGUGGCAAGGAUUUUUAAAAGUUUGUAAAAAAAAAUUCAACAGUUAGCAAGAGAAUGGUAAGUUUGGGAUCCUUGUAUGUUGCUGUAGGAGUGUAAAUUACCUUUCCAGGAAGUAAUUAGGCAAUCUAUGUCAAGAAUGUUUAUAACUUUAUAUCCUUAAACUAGUCCUUUCCCCUCUUGGGACCUGCCAUUGAGAAAUAAGAAGAAUCUGAGACAAAGAUUUGUCUACAAAAAUGUUUGUCAGAGAGCUAGAUAUAUAAGUGAAAACUGAAAACUAGCUAAAUGUCAACAGCAGAAAGGCUAAAUUAUGGUACAUCUAUAUAACACAUUAUGAAAUGAUUAAAAUUGUUUUCAAAACAUCUAUUUCAUGUCAAGAGAAGAUACUUAUAAGAAAAAAAACCAGAAUAUUAAUUUAUAAAUAUAACAUCCAAUUUUCUAUACUUACAAGUACAUAGAAAAAGAGACUUGAAGGAAAUAAGUAUGUAUUAAUAGUGGUUAUGGUUAAGGGGUGAUUAUUAUUUUUAUCUUUUAACUCAUAUUUUUCAUGUUUUCUACAAGGCACAGAAAAAUAAGUAUGUUUGUUUUUAGGUAAGUAGUAGCGGUUAACAGUGUCAAAUGCUGUUUGAAAUGUCAAGGUUCACACUUAGACUAGUACAUUGGAUUUGGACAUUAGGACUUUAUUGGUAGUUUUUGUCAAUUGGUGUUUUCUUUAGAGUAGUAGUAAGGACAGAAACUAGACUACAGCGGGUUGAAAGGUGAACAGGAAGUAAAGAAGUAGAACUUGUUCUUUUAAGGAGCCUGACUGAAAAAGAGACAGUGGUAGCUUGAAGUUACUGUUGUUUUUAAGAUAAAAGUAACUUUAGCACUUUGAAAAUAAGAGGUUGGGAAUAAUCAAUGAAUCAGGGGCCAUCAAGGAAGAGGCAGGAGAAGGUGGGAUCAAGCACAAAGAAUACUAACUGAUACAGGGCAUUGCAAGGAACUUCAGGUGUUUAAAGCACUAAAUGCAUGUGGAACAGUAGAGGAAGAUAAAGCUGGAAAAGUAUAGGAAGGCCAGGACAUGAAGAACCUGUAAGCCAUGCCAAGAACGGGGAAAGCCAUUUAGGCAAACAUAUUAAAUAUUUUAAAUAUAUUAAAUCAAAGGUAAACAUAUUAUAGGACUGUUUUUUGUUUGUUGUUUUUGGGUUAUUUUUGGCCUUGCCGUGCGGCAUGUGGGAUCUUAUUACCUGAGCAGGGAUCGAACCUGCACCCACUGCACUGGAAGCAUGUAGUCUUAACCAUUGGACCACUAGGGAAGUCCAGGACUGUUUUGUUAAGAUUAUUCUAGCUGCAUAGUGUGGAAAAGUAUCUUAGAGAAGAGACUGGAAGAAAGAAGACCUGUAAAGGGGUCAUUGGAAUAAUUAAGGAGAAAAAGAGACCCAAACUAAGGAAAAAAUGGCGAAGAUAGAAAUAAGAAGAUGGAUUUGAGAGAAAAUUAGGAGGUAGAAUGAACAAGAUGUGGUUACCAACUGAGUAUGAAGACUUGGAAGAAGGGAUAAAGGUGAUUCCUCUUCAUACCCCAGAAUUCUAAUAGGUAAAAAAUGGAAGGCUGAUGCUUUGUAGUUGAAAAAAAGAUAAUUUUCAAUUUGGACAUGUCACAUUUGAAAUGCAGUUGAGACAACCAAGGUAUAUAAUAUGUCUUUCAAAAUUCAGAAACCCAACAAACUAUGAUAUUUCCACUCCCCACUCCAUGUACUGCUAGUUUUGUUUCUUUGUGUUUUUUUGGUGGGGGGGAGUAGGGGGGUGGGAACUUGGUUUGUCUCAAUUUACUGGUUUAUUGCAGGAGCUAUUUUGAGAUUGGAAUUAUCUACAUACUCUUCUCCAGUGAUAUGUAUAUUAUUUAUACUAUAAAUUCCUAUAUUAAGACUACUUUGAAUCCAGCUAGUUAAGAUAUGAGAAGUAUACGUUUCUAUCAUGUUAAUAUUGCAUGAGUUACUUUCAGUGUUUGUGAUUCAUCUUACACACAAUGGUUUCUUAAUUACUUCCAAAUUUAGCCAGUAUUAUCACAAGAAUUUUAAUUCUAAUCUGAGAAUUUCAAUUCUAUUCUGAUUCUAUAUUUUAUGAUAACAGUAUCCCAAUCAAUUAAAUAAUACAUUUCCAAAUCAGGAAGAUAUUAGGAAAAAAUACUUCCACACCAAAAAAUACAGUAUUUUUCCCUAAAAGGUUUUCAAAUAAAAUAUUCUGAAGCUUACCUCUUUUUAUUCAAUUUAUGGUCAACUUUAGUCAGGCAAGAGAGCUAGAUAAAAAAUUAAAAUAGAAAUAUACCUGCACUUAAACAAUUACAUGCUUAAGGAAGAUGUCUAACACUCUUACAAAAUUGUCCUUUUACUUAGAUCCAAACUCUCAAAACAUGCAGAAUCUACUUGUAAAGUCAAGAAAGUAAAUAGAAUAUUUUCCUACAGUCUUCUGAUCUGGAUAAAUUAUAGAGAACACCACAAACUCAAGAAGUUAGAAAAAUAACAUUAAAUUGAAUCCAAAGAAAGUAGAAGAAAGGAAUUAAUACAGGCAAUAGUGGAACUUAAUUAGAAGUCAGAAAAAGAAUAAAACUGAUAAAUCUAAGGGCUAAUUCUUAAAAACAAAACCACCCACACACUAGCUUAAUGGAGAGAAAAGCAUAAGUACACAAUAUUAGACAGAAAAAACAACAGAAAUUAAUAAGGUAGUAUUUUAUGCAACUACAUAUAAAUACAGUAGAAAACCUGGAUGAAAUGAAUAACUUCUAGAGAUAUAUAAAUUACCAAAACAGGCUCAAAAAAAGACAGAAAAUCUACACAGAUUUUUAGCCUUGGAAGAAACUGAGAAAGCAUUCAAGAUCUAUCAUUUUGGCAUAUUGGAGAAAGAAGAAAGCUUCCAGAUGCAAUUUAAGAAGCCAUCAUAAUAUGAUCACCAAAAUUUAACUAAAGAUAGCAUAAAAGAGAAAAUUAUGGAAUAAUAUCACUUAUAAUAAUCAAUGCAAAAUUCCUAAAAGAUCCAGAAAUAUAUUAAAAUAAUAUGUGGCAAUUUAUUUAAGGAAUGUAAGACAAUUUAAGGUUGGGAAACCUAUUCAUAUACUAUAUCCACAUUAAUAGGUCAAACAUAGAAAAAUCAUCUCCAUAGAUACCAAAAUUUAACUUGAAACAAUGAUGCCAAAAAGUACUAUAAGAAAAGGUGAGAUUAUUUACAAUUGCCAAGAUAUGGAAGUAAUCUAAUUGUCCAUCAACAGAUGAAUGGAUAAAGAAAAUGCAGUGUGUAUAUAUAUAUAAAUACACACACACACACACACACACACACACA